GAUAUUUAAUGUCUGCUUAUUUUUUUACCCGUCUACCAAUAGGUGCCCUUCUUUACGAGGCAUUGGAAAACCUCCCUGGUCUUUGUGGUUGAAUCUGUGUUCGAAAUUCACUGCUUGACUGAGGCACCUUACAGAUAAUGGUAUGUGUGGGGCGGCAGGUAGCCUAGUGGUUAGAGACAUGGACGAGUAACAGGAAGGUUGCAAGAUCGAAUCCCUGAGCUGACAAGGUAAAAAUCUGUCGUUCUGCCCCUGAACAAGGUAGUUAACCCACUGUUCCUAGGCUGUCAUUGAAAAUAAGAUAUUUUUUUAACUGACUUGCCAAGUUAAAUAAAGGGUAAAAAAAAUUUUUUUUUAAAUAAACAGAGAUGAGGUAGUCAUUCAAAAAUUGUUAAACACUAUUACUGCACAGAGUGGGUCCAUGUAACUUAUUAUGUGACAGUUAAGCAAAUGUUUACUCCUGAACUUAUUUAGGCUUGCCAUAACUUAUUGACUCAAGACAUUUUAGCUUUUCAUUUUUCUAUUUAAAAAUUUUGAAAUGUCAAAAAACAAAACCACUGACAGUAUGGGGUAUUGCAUGUAGGCCAGUGACACAAAAUCUCAAUUUAAACCAUUUUAAAUUCAGCCUGUAACACAAACAAAUGUGGUAAAAGUCAAGGGGUCUGAAUAUUUUCUGAAGGCACUGUACGUCUGAUUGAAUAAAGUUCACCGAACAGUUGGAUGACUCACUUCCUCCGACAUACAACAGAUGUACUAUAUAUAAAUGCGUGCUAUGAUAUGACUAAUACAUUAGCAACGCUUUUUAUUCAGAGCAAUAUUCAGCUGCUGUGCGGAAGGGGUGUCAUGCGACCUCUGGGUGUUAAACAACUCCCACAUUCAACAGAAACUGAGUGAAACAGCAACUAUUCAGACAGGUUUCACCAAUAAUAAUGAGUAGAAAUAAAAACAAAGUCGUUGCUAAUGAUUUCACUGAAAUUCCUGGAUGUAAUGUGGUUUUUCUGUACCUCCACAUACUUCUUCACUGGAAACCCAUCAUACUAAUUCCAGUGAAAAUCAAUGAAUCCACAAGAAGUCUGAAGGGAAAUUGCCACGGCACAGCUAGGCCUCCAUUUUGUUUCAGAGCCUUCCUGAAGUUUCAUUUCCAAUCUACCUCUGCACAAAGCCUUAUUCUGCUCACACCUCAGUCUUUACAUGAGAGGAUAAGCAGAUAAGACUAGCCACAGAACUACACACACACACUUUGCAUCUCUCCACUUCAGAGGAUGAGAGGCAGUCUACAGUGGAGAGAUCACAAUCAGCUCCGACUACGUUCUGCACCGAUGGACACAGGUGACCUUGGGUCCCUCUUUACAGAGCAAAGAGCAUGAGAUACAUAACAAAAAACACAGCCUUUCAGGACCUAACAGAGCCUGUGUUUUCAUAUUACCAAGUAUAAGACAUCUAUCCAAUGCGUCAUGCUUUAGCUGGGACUAGUCCUGGGUAAUCUAAGAAAGCUGAACACUGAUAACAUUAACUGAUGCUCUUCACUUUGCUACGGCCGGCUCACCACUUUGAAUAUAUGGAAAUAGACUUGACAAUGGGAAGUCGAGAUGGGCCGACCCACUGAGUAUCUCUUCAUGAGAGAGAUGAGACUGUACAGAGAGUUAUAGACUACCACGGGAAAGAGUGAAGGGAGAGACAGGAAUCUCACGCACGAAGUAGCAACAGUAUUGUGUGAAGGGCAGAGGGAGCGAGGGGAACACAUGCCGACACAGAGGGAGGCAAACAAGACAACUAAACAAGAUCAGUUCGAGAGAGAGACUGAGUAGCUAACAUGGUCGCCGUGAAACACUUAUCCAUCUACUCUUCUCUGUCCCUGGCGGUCCUGCUGAUACUGGGCUGUGUGCGAGAGUCCCAGGCCGGGGUGGUGGAGGACUUUAACCAUGUGGAGCGCUGUAAGGACUCCCUGUACAUGGGAACCCCACCUCGGGGCUACCUGCUUGGUAACUCCCUGAAGAAGCUCUGCCAGCGCUACGAGGACAAGCCCCGCUUCGUCACCCUCUACGACCCCCACAAACACAUCCCUGUCUACUCGGCCUAUACCUUCAAGAAGUCUGAUGGCGAGAAGAGGGUAGACUUCCCCUGGAUGUUCGAGCCACAGUUGGCAUCAGAGAAGGGCAGUAGCAACAUGGAGCCGUUCCCCCAGUCCUCCUCCCACAUGCACAUGAACUUUGAGGACAGCCAGGCGGUGCUGGAGGACUAUGCUGACGUGGUCCAGUACGAGAGAGGGCAUCUCAACCCAGAUGAGCACCAGGCUGAUCCCCUGGACAAGGCCUCCACCUACACACUGACCAACGUGGUGCCCCAGAUCCGUGAGUUCAAUAUCGGGCCCUGGGCCGAGUACGAGGACCUCAUCCGCAAGCGCCUCAACAACUACUGCCGCGGCAAAGCCUACGUGAUCACCGGGGUCACAACCUCUGGGAACAUGAUCCGCCGUGACAACCUGGACCGCGUGGCCAUUCCUGAGUACAUGUGGUCGGCCUACUGCUGCACCGACUACGACCAGAACGCGCCCUACUUCAUGCGGUACAAGUUCCCGUCAUUCGGGGCCUAUGGGCUGAAUGACCGCGUCAACAACCACCUGGUGGAGGUUCCGAUGAAGAACCUGGAGAAGUUCCUCAGGGGAAGGAUGGACGUGGACAAGAACUUCCAGAUCUUCUACAACGACUGUGUGCCUGACUCAUAGUGAGCAACCUUGUGAUAGUGAUUGCAAUCAUGCCAGCCUCAAUGUCACCUCUACAUUGUCGUCUACUUUCUGUAUCGAGUAGAUUCUGAAAAUAUGAAUGUAGCCUGUGGGUGAGUUGUUGCUUACAAGCAAUAAAGAUGAUCUUUCAAACCUUG